AUGGCAGGAGCUGAUGCUGCUGCAGGUGGUUUCUUUCUUUGGCUAUACGUGAUGCUGAUUUUUAUUUGGUCAUGUCUUCCCUGUAUCAUAAUCUGUGUCACUGUUGGCGGUACUAUAGGUCUCAUCGCUUACUGUAUCAACAAAAGCAACAGAGAGGAACGGGAGAAUGCCAUGCGGAUCCAACAAAUGGUUAUCCAAAGGUCAAAUUCUAAUGUAAACGUCUAAUCACAACUACCACUAUAGGCGAUGAACAAUAAAAGAAGUAAAGAAAUUAGAAGUGAGGGAAGGAAAAUAAAUAUAAUUUCUUAAAUAAUUUUGUUUUGUUGGAUUUUGUUGUAGAUUUAUUUAUUUUGUUGUUUAUUGUAAAUAUUAAGGAGUAUUUUAAUUUAUAAAGGAGUAUUUUAAUUUUAGGGGAAAUAAGGAAUUUUAUUUU